AUGAACUCCGUGCCACUUGUACUCUUGGCAGCUGCCUUGGCAAACGCUGCACCAACGACUCUGGAAAAACAACAAAGUUCGGUGUCGUUUGCAGAUGUUUCGAAAAUUGGCACUCAGGAACAUCUUUUCCCCUACUUGGCAGGUUCGGCUCCCCACUUUUCAUACCCGCUGAGCUACGGUGUGUCAAAGGAAGUUCCCGAACAGUGUGUCCUUCAACAAGUGCAAUUGUUCGCCAGACACGGCGAAAGAUACCCAACCAACAACACCGGUGCGGCUUUGACCAAACUGUACAACAAGCUAGGCAACUACUCGUCAGACUUUUCAGGAGCUCUUAAGUUUCUGGACGAAGACUACGAGUUUUUCUUGCCAGACCCACACAAUUUCGAGGAAUUGACUACCUGGGACAAUAUUCUGGACCCCAUAAACCCAUACGCCGGCGAAUGGGAUGCCCAGAAGCAUGGCCGUGAGUUCCUCUCGCAGUACGGAGAGCUUUUGGAAAACAAGACCUCGUUCCCCAUCUUUACUUCCAACUCCAAAAGAGUUCACAAUACCGCUAAAUUCUUCGGCGACGCUUUGGGCGACAAGUACAACAUCAGUUACCAGGUUAUCGAUGAAGAUCCAUCCAUGGGAGCCAACUCAUUGACCACAAUUGAUUCGUGCUCCACCUACAACAAAACCGCCAAAAAAGACGUGUACUCCAAGUUCACCACUCAAUACCUCUCCGAUAUUGCCAGCAGAUUGAAUUCUGAGAACAAGGGUUUGAAUUUGUCCAAAUCCGAUGCCAACAGCUUAUUCUCCUGGUGUGCUUACGAAAUUAACGUCAAGGGCUACAGUAACAUGUGCGAUGUGUUCACCGAAGAAGAAUUGACCUACUUCGCCUACAAUGAUGACAUGACGAGUUACUACUACCACGGUCCUGGUAAUCCGCUGGGUGUCACCGUCGGGGGUGUCAACUUCAACGCUUCAGUCGAGCUUUUGAAGCAGCACGAAGAAUUGGACAACAAGGUGUGGUUGAGUUUCACCCACGAUACCAACAUCGUUAACAUCCUAGGCGCUAUCGGUAUCUUCGACCCUGGUCAUCCAAUGCCUGCAGAGUAUAUUGCCGUCAAAGACCACAUCUACCACAAAUCUUGGAUGGUUCCUCAGGGUGCUAGAGUCUACACUCAGUUGUACCAAUGUUCCAACGAAACCUACGUUAGAUAUGUGGUGAACGACGUUGUGAUCCCAAUUGAGAAAUGCUCUUCUGGUCCAGGUUUGUCUUGUGAAAUGAGCAAGUUUAUUGACUACGCUGAGUCCAGAUUGAACGGCACUGACUACGUUUCUUCUUGUAAGAUCAACACCACUAGCAACCAAACCUCGUUGACCUUCUACUGGGACUACGAACAGAAGCAAUACAAUGCUCCUUUGGGCUUGUUUUAG